UUCACUCAGUGUCGCGACAACCACUUACCACCACACUUACAAAUAUUGAAGCUAUGUACACUAGCUGAUAGUAACUAUUUGUAUUACUAAAAUUAGGGUCUAAUAUAUAAUACAUUUAUACAUACAUUAUAUGUAGAUAGUUGUUUCCAUAUCUCUUGUAUAACUUUAUAUAUGUUACUUCACUUUGGGAAAUGAUCUCCAGAGAUUUUGGGAUUCAGCUUUUCAUUUUGACUAUGGCAAUGACUUUUUCUGAUUUCUUCAUCUUAGAGUGUCCUCCUGUUAUGAAAGGUGCAGUGGUAAUAGUCAAAACAUAUUUUCCAGUAAAUUAUUCCCUUUUGAAAAAUGGUAAAUCAGCACUUUUCUUUUACUUAAAUAACACACAAAUAGGUAAUUGUGAGCUCAAUUCUAAAAAUGUCUGUCAAAAUGAACACAAAGAUCCCAAUAUCAACUUAACACAAACUUUGACUGCUGGCCAAUACAUCUCUACAUUAACAUCAAGCGCUAACACAAUUUGGAGGAAGACGUCAACCAGUACAUUAUCUGGUGAAACAUGGAGAGUGCAAUUAGGAAGCACAAAAAUCAAUGAAACUUGUGACAUUCAAGUCUAUGCUAUAUUUGACAAACCAGAAUGUUUCCCGAACAUUUCAAUGGAGCAUUUUAUUUUAACAUGCUUUCUAAGAAAAGUAUUCCCCGAGGCAUUAUGUGUAUUCCAUAUUACACUGAAUAAUAUUUAUAUUUUAAACGGAAGUGUAGCCUAUAACCACACCAAGAUUGAUGGUGGAGACUAUUACGAAACAUCUUGCACAUUCAGUUCUCCGACUAUAGAAAAUGAAAUACAUCAGGUCACUGUGACUAUGUACCCCAACAUUACUGGUACAGUCAGUGAUAGAAAAUAUGGAAAAAGUAUCACAUUUUUUUUUCCAGAUACUUCCGAUGGUCUGUUACUUUUGUUCACCUUACUGUCAAUACAAGAUCCUGAACUAUCGAUAAUAAGAGAGGUAAGUUUUGUCAUUAUUACCUUUAUGACUCUGUAACUCGAUCGGUCUUCCAGCUGAUCGGUUUUUAAAAUGGGAGUUGCUGCUCUUACGGAAAUGCUAACAUAUUUAUUUACUGUGUGCUGGGACAGAUGUACUAUCCGCAAGAACUUCGAGAUGCCACCAUCCUUGUACAAAAAGGUCAGGAUACUUUUUGUCAGAAUAAAGUAGCCUCCAUAGUAGGCAGUGUGCUUUCUGAAAGUCAGUGUGGUUUCCGGGCAGGUAUAGACACAUUGGAUAUAUAUUUUGACAUACGUCAAAUGCAGGGAAAAGAAUCUAGACUUCUAUACUGCAUUCAUCCAUCUCACUAAAGCAAUUGACACAGUGAUUCGCGAUGUCUUGUGGAGGAUUUUGUCUCGGCUCCAAUGUUCUACAAGAUUCAUCGCAAUUCUGAAUCAACUGCAUGAGGGUCAAAAAGGUCAAAUCGGAUUCAACGGUGACCUAUCAGCUGACUUCUCUGUAGAGAAUGAUGUGAAAUAGAGCUGUGUGCUUGCUUCAACACUCUUUGCAAUAUUCUUUAGAACAAUGCUAAAUAAAAUGAGGCAACGCCUGCAUGAGGGCAUCUACAUUAGGUUCCUAACCGAAGGCAGCUUUUUUAACAUAUGACGCCUGCUCUACCCUUGCACAAAUUAAAGAGAUGAUUGCUUCUGAGUUAAUCUAUGCGGACGAUUACGCCUUUCUUGCACACACC